AUGUCUGGCUCCCGAUGGAUUUGUAGGGCAAAUUCAUACAGGUGCUUCCAUGGUGAAGGGUCGGCGCCAGCGACAAUCAAAAUCGGCGUCUGGUAUGUGAUGGAGGUGUUGACGACGGUGACAACCAUGAUCGAUGGAGUUCCCAGCGACGAUUCUUUGUCGGCCGCCAACAACGUCGUGUUAAACCUAAACAGUGAAGGAGGCACCGUUGAUAACGACGUAUCUCCGGUAAAUAUUCUUUCAUCUUCUCAGUCAUGCGUUUCUUUCUACUAUGAUAUUCUGAUUUUACCCGAUCGUUCCAUCAAACCAUCUCCCAUCGAUUCUGAGUUGAAAACAUCACUAAACUUUUCAGAAAGUGAGAUCUGCUUUGACUUUAUAGUUUUACCAAUCAUUGUGCUUCUUGUGACAAGCUUCCUUCUUGCAUAUGCACAUCCACCUUAUGAAUGCUAA